AAAACAUUUUGACAGAUUUUGAAUCUAGUGCGCUCCAACGUUCGAAUACACCAAGGAUCCUCGUGAUCUAUCAAACGGUCACAAAUUUACCAUGUGAACUUCUUUAAAUUAAUCCAACCCUUCAUCAUCAUAAAAUUUCUAACAAGCUUUGUUUUUCAUCUGUAACUAUAAAUAACAAUCUUGCAUGUAGAGAUUUCCAACACAAUUAUAAUUUUGAGACACACUUCAACCUCAUCUUAUCAUCAUCAUAUCUUAACUUACUGUCUACGUGAAACAUUAGAGUACUAAAUCAAUGUCAGAGUGAUCCCAGCUUCAGAGAAAAAUCUUAAUUUGAUCAAGACCCACCUUUCAAAAUGCAAUUUUUCACAUGGGUUUUAAACCUUGUUAUGAUAUUUUCAUUACUUGGUCAGUGCUUCUCAGAAAGUGAUUCACCAUCAGAGGCUCCAAUUUGUUCAGAACAAGAUAGAGCUUCUCUUAUGAGCUUUAAAGCAGCCAUUUUGAAGGACACAACAGAUACUCUAUCUUCAUGGAUAGGCCGAGAUUGCUGCGACGGAGGAUGGGAAGGAGUUCAAUGUAAUCCAUCCACAGGGAGAGUUAAUGUGUUGCAGAUACAAAGCUCAAAUGUUAGGGACAGUGGCACUUAUAUGAAGGGUACACUUUCUCCAGCACUUGGUAAUUUGCAAUUCUUAGAGGUAUUGAUGAUAAGUGGAAUGAAGCAUAUCACAGGAACAAUUCCUUCUAGUUUCUCAAAUUUAACUCAUCUCACACAUCUAGUUCUGGAAGACAAUUCAAUUGGAGGGUGCAUUCCACCAAACUUAGGUCGUUUGUCCUUGCUUGAAACCCUUUCAUUGAGUGGUAACCAACUCAAAGGACAGAUCCCUCCAACAAUAGGGAAUCUGAAAAACCUUGUUCAAAUUAAUUUAGCAAGAAAUUUUAUGUCAGGUUCUAUCCCACCAAGUUUCAAAACCCUUAGAAAUUUGAAUUACUUUGACCUCAGUUACAAUUUAUUAUCAGGGCCUAUCCCUGAUUUUAUUGGGGAGUUUCAAAACAUGACCAAUCUAGACCUAUCCUAUAACCAACUAACAGGAAAAAUUCCAAUUUCCUUGUUCAGCCUUGUGAAUCUUUUAGACUUGUCCUUGAGCUAUAACAAGCUCACAGGGAACAUUCCAGAUCAGAUAGGAAAUCUAAAAUCCCUGACAAGUCUUCAACUUAGUGGCAAUCAGCUCACAGGACAUGUUCCACUAUCCAUAUCGAAAUUGCAGAAACUUUGGAGCCUUAAUGUAUCAAGAAAUGGGCUCUCAGAUCCCUUACCAGCAAUUCCUAUCAAGGGCAUUCCUGCCCUUUUGUCCAUAGACCUGUCUUAUAAUAAUCUCAGCCUAGGAAGUGUUCCUGAUUGGAUCAGAAGCAAGGAACUUACAGACGUGCAUCUAGCCGGGUGUAAACUGAAGGGAGAUCUUCCGCACUUUGUCAGACCCGACUCUUUGAACUCCAUAGACCUGUCAGAUAAUUGCCUGAUUGAUGGUAUUUCAAACUUCUUCACAAAUAUGUCCACUUUGCAAAAGGUCAAGCUCUCAAACAACCAGUUGAGGUUUGACCUUUCUCAAAUAAAAUUGCCAUCUGGGUUGUCUUCAAUAGAUUUGCAUGCAAAUCAAUUGAUCGGUUCGCUGUCAACAAUCAUAAAUAAUAUGACAAGCAACUCUAUGGAGGUAAUUGAUGUAUCAAAUAAUUUCAUUUCUGGUCACAUUCCAGAAUUUGUUGAAGGGUCAAGUUUGAAGGUGCUAAACUUGGGAAGCAACAGCAUUUCAGGUUCAAUCCCAGCUUCUAUUUCAAAUUUGAUCGAACUUGAGAAAUUGGAUAUUUCAAGAAAUCACAUAUUGGGAAACAUCCCUUCAAGUCUUGGUCAGUUGCAGAAACUACAGUGGCUUGAUGUAUCUAUAAAUGGAAUAACAGGGCAAAUCCCAGGUAGCUUAUCACAGAUAACUAAUCUAAAGCAUGCAAACUUCAGGGCAAACAAGCUAUGUGGAGCAAUACCACAAACUAGACCAUUCAACAUCUUUCCACCAGUUGCUUAUGCCCAUAAUUUGUGCUUAUGUGGCAAACCCUUGCAGCCAUGCAAGGGAUAGGAAUAAGCCAUAAGGGACCAUAGGUCAGUGAGAUGCUGACUAAAUUAUCAUAGAUAUUUCUAUGCCUAAUGACCAUUGUUACAUGAGAUAGAAUAGGCUACAAUUAUAUUUAAAUCUUUCAUUUCCAGGUUGAGCACACAAUGCUUAUUGUUCAGUUCAAUUUACAAUUCAAUAUUAUUUUGAAUAAAUCAUGUAUUCAUUUUAAUGAAA